GAGAGAGACUGCCUUUACAUGAGAGAAGAAGAGAGAGAGAGAGAGUGGGGGAGGGAGUGUAAAAGAGGAGUGAGUGAAAGAGAUAAGAGAAGAGGGAGAGAGACUGUGUGUGUGUGUUUGGAGAAGAAGUGGUGAAUGGGAACACAGUAAAACGGUGGCCAGGGAGAGAGGAGAAAACGAGGAAAAGGAAGAGAAAAAGAAAGGCUGGGUGGAUAUAGAGUGUGUGGGGAAAAGGGAGUGAGGGAGAGACAGAAAGGCAGAGAGAGAGAAAGAGAGAGAGAUAGAGAGAGAGAGAGAAAGUGUGUGGGAAACAAACACUGAAAGACAUUAUCGUGAAACAGAGGAAAAGAGAGAGUGAGGAAAAAGAGAGAGAGGGAAUGUGUGUGGAGGAAUGCGCACACAUGCAUCAGUGGACAGGAUCGGUGCGGGUGUGCUGACUCAAGAGCAUCUAGAGGCUGGAGUCUGCUGUCCUGCCUGAGGGAGAACUGCCCCUUUUCUUAUACACACACACACACACACAGUCCACACGCAGCUGCAGAAAGAGUGUGUGUGUGAGAGAGAGAGAGAGAGAGAGAGAGAGAGAGAGGGAGAGAGAGAGAGAGAGAGAGAGAGACAGACAGACAAACACAGGGAAACACUGAGGAAGACUCAGUCUGCCAGGAACCAUGUCAGAUAUGGACUCUCUGUCUGAGGCUUUGAAAGCCAUCAGUGUGAGCACCGAGCUGGUAGAGGAGGAGCUGAAGCCUCAUUUGGACACCCUGCUGAACCUCCUGCUGGAGAAAAAAAAGGGCACUGCAGAGCAGAUAGCGUCCAGCGGAGUCCUGCCCACCCUGGCCCAGACUCUGAGGAGUAAAGGCUCGCUUACAUCACAGGUUGCUCUGAUGGUGGCUGAGAUGGCCAGAGAAGCUGCUGUGAGGGAUCGGUGCAUUGAUGCUGGGCUGGUGACCGCUUUGGUGCCCCUGCUGAACAGCUCCAACCAGGACCUGCUGCUGCACACCGGCCGGGCCAUCGGACGCAUCUGCUUCGACAACACUGCACAGCAGACUCAGCUGGUGAAGAGUGGUGUUAUCCCCAGGCUGGUGACCAUCAUGCACCAGUACCCAGAUAAUGACCCCCUGGUCAACGUCUGCCUGCUGGCCCUGUGUAACCUCGCUGAUAUGGAUGCAGCGAGAGACGCCUUGGCAGAGGUGGGCGUGGCAGAGGUCCUUACUGCUCAGCUGAGGAGAGCCCCAGAUGCAGAGCGUCGCCAUCUAAUCCUGGAGGUGCUGGGGUCUCUGGGAGAGAGUGAUGCGCUGAAGCUCCAGUUUGUAGAGGCGGGUGUGCCUGAAGCUCUCUCUGAGAUGAUUCGCAAAUUGCAGGGUGACUCCGAUCCUCAUGACCUCUGCAGUAUAAAAAUAGCCUCCAACCUCAUAGUGACGCUGCUGCUGGGAGAUGAGUCCAUGCAGAAGUGUUUUGGCGAGGGAACAGGGACCAUAUAUCAGGACGUUCUGUCUUGGCUGCAGUCUUCCAACACCCAGCUUCAGCUGUCUGGAGCACUGGCCAUCGCCAACUUUGCCAGGAAUGACAGUAACUGUGUGAAGAUGAUGGAGCUGGGGGUGGUCCCUCAUAUCCUGGACUUGCUGGAGAACCAUGUGGAUGAGGGUGAUGUGUCUGUGCAGCAUGCAGGCCUCAGCGCUCUCAGAAACCUCGCUAUACCAGCGUCAAAUAAAGUGCGCAUGCUGGAGGAUGGGGUGAACGAGAGGAUCAGGACGCUGCUGCGCUCCGACAUGCCCCCUGUCCAGUUCAAACUGCUGGGGACCCUGCGCAUGAUGGUGGAUGGACAAGAGGAGGCUGCUACAGUGAUGGGGAAGGAUGAGGUGCUUUUGGCACGGGUUACAGAGUGGUGUGAAGCAAAAGAUCACGCUGGAGUCAGAGGAGAGGCAAAUCGGCUUUUAGCAGCACUUAUCAGACACAGCCGCUCCCCUGAAGUCAUUGACUCUGUCGUCAAGGCAGAUGGGAUCCAACAUCUCAUCUCUAUGGCAACCAGUGAACACGUCAUCAUGCAGAAUGAAGCCCUGGUGGCUCUAGCUAUUGCCUCUGCAAUAGACAUCGAGGCGGUUCAGGAGCCGUUCCAGAUCGCUGAUCUGUUACCCACCCUCCAGAAGAUGCUGGAUGACCCUGUGGGGGCAGUGGAGGUCAAAUUUAGCACAUUAGGCCUCAUCUGCAGCCUGGCCAACUCCCGCAUGAUGAAGGAGCAGAUGGAGGCACUGAACCUGAAGGACACCCUGUCCAAACUUUCCACUCAUACCAGCACCAAGCUGGCCGCCCAGGCAGACACUGUGAUGGCUGUGCUGUCUGAAAGCAGCUAGAACAGAUCUCUGGCCCACAGGACUACACAGCACGUUCUAUUCAUACACUACUAACAAUCCAGUCCUCCAUUCUAUCAGACCAAAGCAAUCAGAACUGACUUGGUGCCCAGCUGUGAGCUCAGUAGGAUUCAGGGUGGUGUCAUUUCGGAGGAGGAACCUGAUUGUCUGAAGAAUGAAGCGUCAUUCCAUGCCUCAUUCCCUAUCAGCUGACCUGUGACCACUUUGAGGAUUGACACUGAGGGUGCAUCUCAACGAGGUUAGCUGAUUCUGUGUGAGAGCAAGCUGCUGCAGGCUGUGUAAAAUCCUUGGUUUUGUUGUUUUCGAAACACCGUCAGGAGAAGAUUAGCAAUUUAGGGAGAUAAUUGGUGUGCAUUGCCAUAAUUCGUCUAUACAAAGUUGUUCUGUCCUCAGUUAUCUGCAUCUUAGGUUUAGCCAAGCAGCUGUAUGGAGUAACAUGUGCUAUUUUCAGCAUUGGCAAUUAAUUUAUCCUAGUAUUUAUUUAUAUAUUUAUUUAUUUUUUUGGAGUGGAUGUUAAACAUAUGUAAAUAGAUUCGUGAAGUAUAAAAUACAGAUAAUACAAUACUCUUCUACAAUAUAUUCCUCAUUCAGCAAAGCACAUGAACUCACACAUAUCCCUGCAUUUUCCAGCAAUGUGGAAUGUGAUUACAGUUCUUGCCUGAGAAAAUGAGAAAAGGAAAUGUAUCUCAAUUUGCAAUACCGUACUUAUUCUGUAAUUUCUGUGUAUGAUAUUUAUAUCAUAGCUGGCCUUACUAGUGUCUGAGUGAUUUUUCGAAGCAGAUUCUUUGAUCAUGUUGAUCAUUUUACUAGCUAAACAUGAGCACAAAAUGAUAUCUAUAUAAAUAUGUAACUUAUUAGCAAUAGCAAGAAACAUAUCAAGAGCUAAGCUUGAGAUCUUCUAGUUUAAUAUUUAAAAAUAUAUAUAUAUAUCACAAAUAGCAAUCAUUGAUGCGUAGCAAGUGGUGUGACUGUGCUAUGGGUUUAUGCAACUCUCUGUACGUCUGUCUAAAACCGAGACAACUCUGUCGCUAACGCUUCUCAAUUCUUGACAAGGAAAAUCCUUCAACAGCUGAUAAGACAAGAAAAAUGUAACAAUGCUUUUGGCACGAAAUGCACAGUGUGAGUGCAGCCGAUUGGACAGGUCGAGAAGAAGCAGCAGGAGCUGAGUGGAGAAAGGCUAUCUGAUCAAACAGGAUCGAUAUGAACUGCGACUGAGAGCAAGCACUAGCACAGGCAAUAUGAAGGCCUUUAUGUGGUGCUGCUGACCUGCUGCAUCUCCGCCUGUCUCAACAGCAAUUCAUCACAGCGACUUUAUCAAGCACUCCACAGCUAGAUAACUGUAAUAGCACAAUCUCUGUCUGGUCCUGAUAAUGAGUGUUGGUUUUUAAAUUGACUAUUUCUGGUGUUGAAAAGUGUGUGGUUUACCAGAAGAGCCUGUUUCUGGCAAUAAAAGUAGAACAGCUGAA